AUGACUGAGACAGCAACAUCCGUUAGUACGAAGCUUGAAUUUCUUGUUGAUAUCAAUCAACAAGAACAAGUUGAUCGAAUACAAAAAUUGUUAUCUGAUCAAAAAGAAAUCGAAAAUGUCAAUAUUGAUCUAUCAUCAAAACGAAUAGUUUUGAAUACAACAUUACAAUCAUCGAAAAUUCAGAAAUUAAUUGAAGAUUCACUUGAUACUAAUGCUAUACUAUUUGGAACUGGGAAAUCAUUAGGUGCAGCUGUUUCAGCACUCUAUAGUAAUAUGAAUCGACCGUUGGAACGUCGUGUUCAUGGUUUAGUUAGAUUUAUUCAAACCGAUGAUGAACAGUGCAUUAUUGAAGGAACUGUUGAUGGACUUCCACCAAAUAGUUCAGCUCGUAUCAAUAUACAUGAAUAUGGCGAUCUUUCUGAUGGAUGUGAAAGUUGCGGUGAUUAUUACAAUUCAAGUUCUUCGACAUUUCAAAAAAGCCCUAGUGAACCGACCGGUAUACUUGGCCAUGUAGUGACUGAUGAAACAGGCACUGCCGAUUUUCGUCUACUCAAUCGUUAUAUUCAAGUACCAGAUAUUAUUGGACGAUCAUUUGUUGUACAGAAUUCUGAUUCUCAACGUCUUGCAUGUGGUAUUAUUGCUCGAUCUGCUGGUAUUUUUGAGAAUACGAAACGUCUUUGUACUUGUUCCGGUGCUACUGUAUGGCAAGAACGUAAAGAAGCUAAAGAAAUUUUUCAAUAA